CGUUCUAAAUGCUGUAUACCUUUGAAACACAACUAGGCUACUUAGCGUGGGGGUAAAAUUAUGAGCUUGACAAGCUAUCAAGCAUUCAAAAAGAUCAUGGCACAGUAUUUGAACAAUCCAGCAGGAAAAUGUGCCGUCCAUCUUUUAUUUGGCGUUGGGGCGUACUAUCUCAUGUACAACGCUCUCAACAAGGCAUGCUGUAAACUACCAGAAGUAGAGGAAGAGCAGUUGGAGGAGGAAGCAAUAGAUCCUCGGGUUAACGACUUGAGAAAGCGCAUUGAAAUCCUUCAAGGCUGUAAUCGCAAGAACAGCGACCAGUUAUGCGAAAUAGCGCGUAUACUAGAGACAAUUGCUGCUGAGCACCCAGUGACCCUGAACUCGAGGCAGGUUGAGGUGAUAGCAGAGUUACUGAUGGAGGAUGAGGUGGAAGUGAGGAUAAAGUGUUUCCACGCUCUCCAGUGCGUGUUACAGUAUGGGAAAGAUACCACAGAAGCAGUUAAGGUCCUACAACAGCACUAUGUGCCCCUGAUGCUGUCCCUGGUGGUCCUCAGCCAGAGUGUGGAGGAGCAGGAGUCGUGCCUCCGCCUACUGGUCUCCCUCUCCUCUAGCAGGGCUUCUCACCCCUCAGUGGCCCAUGGCCUCGCUGGGCUCAGCAGACUCAUGGCCAAACGCAUCCUCUACCCUGAAAUCCUGAUCCUUGUGGUUCGAAUCCUCUUCAACCUGUCUGACAACAAGCAAGUUGUUGGAAAGCUGUUCACCUUCAACGUCUUCCCAUCCACCCCUCUAACCCCCACCCUGCCACAGGCAGUGCCGGCCAUGCUGCGCCUCCUGCAGCCCUCCAACCCUAAAGACACGCUGCUCCUCUGCCUUGGGCUGCUGUCUAACCUGAACAAGCACCGACCACCACUAGGGGGCGCCAGUGACCACAGCUACAACGAGGAGUCCCUCUUGGCCCUGCUCUACUUCCCCGAGUCUCCGCUGCGCUCCACGCUCACCGUGCUCACCCGCCACAAAGAGCCGCAGGUCAAGGGCAGCGCUGCAUACAUGCUGUCAAGGAUGCCGCGGGCCAUCACCUUGCCCCGUCCCGCCAGACCGCUCAGGAGGGGGAGAGCCAGGCCCGGAGUCCCCCCAUCGGUCUAAAACACGCUAUAUCUCCACUUAGGCUAGAUUUACUCCAACUUCUUCUCCACUGUUAGUUAUUGAUUAUUAGUCCUGUAGAUUACCCACUUAAAUGUGGGGAAAAAAGGGAAGGGGGGGGGGGGUUAGGCAGAUCUGCCAUGGGCCAAGGUUUUGACAGAAUAUUCUGUCAAAAAGGCAGUUUUGUAAAAGGAUCCUCAGUAUCAGUAUAGUAUAGUUUAGGCAGUUUUGUAAAAGGAUCCUCAGUAUCAGGCACAAGUCUGCUAAAGGCAUAUUGAACAUAUGUUUGUAUGACAUUAAUAUCAUUAUUAAGGGGCAGGGAUAGGUGCCACUCUGGCUGUUAUGUUCAUGUUAAAUGUAGUCACUCACAUGUUUGUGCAUAACCAAUAGUGGCUCAACAAUAGUCUCUUGUUUUACACAUUUAUUUGUAUGGCUUUGAGGAGUUUAAGAUGAUUUUUGGUGGACUGACAAUCUUGUGGAAGUAUUAUGUACAGUAAGAGAUAAGUAAAGUUCUCCUGGUGACUUUU